AGGAAAUGGUUUAAGGGGUGUUAAGUUGCACUGCAUUGCAUGUAAGGCAAGAAAGACAGGAGGCUUUAUGUGGGCAAAACUCCAUAACUGUAAGAGACACAAGUCUAUUGGUUUUACUCUAUAGAUAUAAAGAAAUGAAUGCUGUCAAGAGUAAUGUGCUAUAUUCAUCUUCUCUUUGUGAGAAAAAUCCUAAGCAGAAAAGGAAAUGAAUUCAGCAUCCUGGUUUGAAGUGCAAGAUGAAACCUUGUUACCGGGUAGAGCAGCUAAUAACAUUGUUUUCAGCUGAAGGGAUUAUGCCUAAAUAUGAAUGAUUCAGCAGUGACUUCUGUUUAAAUUUCAACUCCAUUGCUUGGAGCUGUUGCAGGUACACGGCUGACGCCCUUCCAGCUGCCUACUUUCCCGCCGACUACAGUGAUGGAGGAGAACCUUGAGUACUGUAGUCAAAGCAGCGAUGCAGAGAGCUGCAGCCAAAACAUACAAAGACUGGACAAAGCAAUUCAGCAGCUGAUCGCAACAUGGGAAGUCUCGCAUGAGAAUAACACCUCUGAGGGUUCCUCCUGCAUGAAAGACUGUAAUAUUGCAUCGCCAGUAUCUGAAAAGUCCAGCUGGAAUUCUUGCAUUCCUUAUGUCCAGCCACAGGAGCUGGAUCACAUGAAGAUGCUGAAUGUCUCUAUGAACAAUAACACUUUGGAGCAACUAGAUUCCCAUCGUGCCUCCUUCAACAUCUUCACAAAAUCAACCAAACGGAAGAUGGACCAAAACCAGUACUUGAUGCCUUCAACACAAGUGUGCAUAUGGUGUAGAAACCAUUUCAAUGCUCAUGAACCAUUGAAAGACCAGAUGCUUUACACUUCUUCAUGCCUGCAAUGCAAACAACUCAGAAGUAAUGCUGCAGUGGAUUUGCACUCCUGCAGUAAGAGGCCAAAUAAUGGACAACAACAUAGCUGGACCUUCCAGGAGAAUGCAAGCCAGUACUAUCAGUACAGUUGCCCCUGUGGCUUUGUGUGUGGGGACCAGCUCCAACUGAACCUCCAUCGCCUGUCCCACAUGGACUUUCAAGCGUCCUACAGUGAUACUCGACAACGGAACUGUAAUGUUUUUAACCAGAAAUCAAGCAACACACAGCUGCAUGUGGAGCAUGGAUUAGGUAUGGCAGGACAGCCAUGUGCCCGUGAUGAAAGACAUGAUAUGAACAGCGGAAGACGGCAAGCAAUGGAUCAUUUAUCUGACUAUGUUUCAAGCUACUUGGAAAGAGAAAAUCCAGUGUGUGCCAGACUGCAGGCAUCUGCCUGCAUGCAACAGCAGCAGCCUUUCUCUCCAGUACAAAUGCCCACAGGCUAUAUGGAGAGCCAUGCAGUAAAAAAAGUUAUGGGAAGUCAGGGACAGGCCUACUUAGGAACUUCUUCACCUCUCCAUGUAGGAAAUACAGCAUCAGUGUUCAUGGACAGGUGCAAACCGCAGUAUACAAGAUACAGUACACCAGUGAGACCACAAGGACCAUCACAUAAGAGAAGUCUGGAGAAUGCUAAUAUGGAAAGGCAGAUGCUAAACUGUCAAAGAGAAUUGGUUCAAGGCUGUGUCCGAGAACGAAUGCUACUUCCCCCAGAAGGGAACCAGAGAGUUUUUGUAAUGGGACAGAGACAAAACUGUACAGAAACAGCACCAUCCCCUGUAGAAAGGAAUGAAAUGAUCCGAAUUGGAAGCCCAUCUUCACUCAAAAGCAUCAAGCGAUAUCUUCCCUAUAAUGGCCAGAGUUUAGCUGAUGUAGAAAUUAAGGACAAAGAUCUUCUGGAAGUUAAGUCUUUACAUCAGAAGGACUGGGAGGUACUUUUGAUCCAAAGUGAAAGUCCAUCCUCCCACAAAAGCAGCAAACAAAAUAUUGCUUGUAGUGAUCAAACUCUGGUUACUGUAGGAAGUAAGGAUAGUGCUCUACUGAAUGUAACAUGUGAACCCCAAAAAGAACGGCAGGGAUGUACAGAGAAAGACAAGAAGGUACAUCCUCACUUCUGUGGACCAGACAUGAGUUUUAUUGAGGGAGAGAAACUUGUUAAACAUACAUCAUCAGGAAUUAAAAAAGCUGGGCAGGCUUCAGGCAGAUUGGAAGAAUAUGGAGAUAAGAGAGAAUAUACAGCAUUCAAAAGAGAGCUGCAGAUGAAUAAGCACAGAGCCAGCACAGAAAGUCCAACUGUAGUUACUACAGUAAUCAAAACGGAGCAAGCAGAGCUGCAGAUAGAUAAGCACAGAGCCAGCACAGAAAGUCCAACUGUAGUUACUACAGUAAUCAAAACGGAGCAAACAGAGCUGCAGAUAGAUAAGCACAGAACCAGCACAGAAAGUCCAACUGUAGAUACUACAGCAAUGAAAACUGAGCAAACAGAGCUGCAAAUGGACAAGCACAGAACCAUAACAGAAAGUUCAAUUGUAGUUAUUACAGCAGUCAAAACUGAGCAAGCAGAGCUGCAGACAGAUAAGCACAGAAUCGUUGCAGAAAGUCCAACUGUAGUUACAGAAAGUCCAACUGUAGUUACUACAGCAGUCAAAACUGAGCAAGCGGAGCUGCAGACAGAUGCGCACAGAACCAUCACAGAAAGUCCAACUGUAGUUACUAGAGCAGUCAAAACUGAGCAAGCGGAGCUGCAGACAGAUAAGCACAGAAUCGUUGCAGAAAGUCCAACUGUAGUUACAGAAAGUCCAACUGUAGUUACUACAGCAGUCAAAACUGAGCAAGCGGAGCUGCAGACAGAUGCGCACGGAACCGUCACAGAAAGUCCAACUGUAGUUACUACAGCAGUCAAAACUGAGCAAGUGGAGCUGCAGACAGACGAGCACAGAACCAUCACAGAAAGUCCAACUGUAGUUACUAGAGCAGUCAAAACUGAGCAAGUGGAGCUGCAGACAGACGAGCACAGUACCGUCACAAAAAGUCCAACUUUAGUUACUACAACAGUCAUGACAGAGGAAGUGGAGUUGCAGAUAGAGGAGUGCAGAACCAUCACAGAAAGUCCAACUGUAGUAACUACAGCAAUCAAAACCGAGCAAGCAGAGCUGCAGAUAGAUGAGCACAGAACCAUCACAGAAAGUCCAACUGUAGUUACUACAACAGUCAAGACCAAGGAAGUGGAGUUGCAGAUAGAUGAACACAGAACCAUCACAGAAAGUCCGACUGUAGUUACUACAACAAUCAAGACAGAGGAAGUAGAGAUGGAGAUAGACGAGCACAGAACCAUCACAGAAAGUCCAACUGUAGUUACUACAACAAUCAAGACCAAGGAAGUGGAGUUGCAGAUAGAUGAACACAGAACCAUCACAGAAAGUCCGACUAUAGUUACUACAACAAUCAAGACAGAGGAAGUGGAGAUGGAGAUAGACGAGCACAGAACCAUCACAGAAAGUCCGACUGUAGUUACUACAACAAUCAAGACAGAGGAAGUGGAUAUGGAGAUAGAUGAGCAUAGAACCAUCACAGAAAGUCCGACUGUAGUAACUACAGCAAUAAAAGAAGUGGAGCUGCAAAUAGAUGUGCCAAGAACCAUCACAGCAAAUCCAGAACUACAUACCACUGAUAGUCUUUCUGCAGUAACUAAAGAUGUGGAAACAGCAGCCAAAAACAUUUGCAUAUCUAGAGAUGCAGAAACAGGAGCUGAAAACGUUUACAUAGAAGAAGUUGAUGCAGAAGGACAGGCAGCAGUUUUGGAAGCACAAUCAAACAUUAGAACAAAACUACCAGGAAGUGAAGGAAUAAUUCCAGUAGCAGCUAAGCAGCAAGCUGUAUGUAACACAGACGUCCAAGUUUCCCUCGAUAAAGAGGGACAGGUAGUACAUACAGAGAGAAACACUUUUAUUAAUGAUGAAGAAACCCCAGUUGAAGCAGUGAUGUCUGAUGUUACCCUUGGACAAAACAAUGCACCAGUUAAUAGAGAGGAACAACCAGCUGUUUGUAAAACACCGCUUUCCCCCAAAACACAAGCAGCUGAUCCUUUGAAAAUGCAGUUAGUUUGCAUUGAUACAGAAGGAAAAUGUAUCCCAGUAGAGGAAAAGGUGAUGACUAGUGUUGAAAGACAGGAUGCACCACUGUGUACAGAUUCACAAGCUGAGCUUUCUGAGGGUAGACAGACUCCAGUUAAAACCAGUAGUUUGACACUAGAACAACCAGAAGGAAAACAAAAGGAACUUCAAGCAGAAACUUCUAAUGAAAAGCAAGUAGUCAGUGAUCAGAAAGACCAGGACUGUGUCCACAAUGGAGGUAAUGCGGUUACAGAAAAUAACCCAUGUAGUAAAGAACAGCCUAAAACACGGGCAUUUCCAGCCAUAAUCCAUGCAUCAGGGCAAAUGCCUAGUCAUCCAGGAAGUGUAAUGUUGGUUCAGACAGGACCACUCUUAGUGACUCAGUCGGGGGGCCCACUUUUGCUUCAGGCAGGAGGACCAACACUUUCCCAGUCAGGAGGCCAAGUGUUUAUUCAGACAGGAGGACCAGCAAUACCCCAAUCAGGAGGUCAGUUAUUUAUUCAGACAGGAGGACCACCACUGGCCCAGUCAGGAGGUCCGCUUUUUAUUCAGACAGGAGGACAUGUUUUGCCUCAAACAAAUCCAGCGUUAACUGAAGUAGGAGGGCCAGUGUUACUUCAGACAAAUAGUCAAAUUCUGACCCAACCUGGAGGCCUUGUUAUGCUUCAGGCUGAAAAUUCAGUACAGACACAAGCAGUAAAAACAGUGGUGGCUCACAAACAAGGAGGAGGAAAGGUUUUGUCCAAAACAAGACCGACUGCAUCAGUAGGCCAAGUGUUGAUUCAACCAAAGCCGUUAUUAAGCCAGGUGGUGCUGCAGACAAGUGGUCAGAUCCUAAACCAAACGUUUGGUUCCUUGUUGGUUCCACUGGGGAGCCAGUUUCUGAUACAAACAGACAGUCCAGCAGUGGCCUCUACAGGUGGACAAAUGAUUAACCAAGCAGGGCAUACUGCAGUAGUUCAGACAAAAGAGCUGGCAGUAGCACCUGUGCUAACCCACACAGCAAAACACAGUACAGUUACAAAAGCAGAGCAAGUCCCUAACAUUCUGGAACGUCCGGGUCCUACGAAUUCUGCAAAACACAGUACAGUUACAAAAGCAGAGCAAGUCCCUAACAUUGUGGAACGUCAGGGUCCCACGAACUCUGCAAAACACAGUACUGUUACAAAAGCAGACCAAGUCCCUAACGUUGUGGAAUGUCAGGGUCCCACGGACUCUGCUAGUCAGACUUCCAUCAAGUAAGAGCCUUGUGUUCUUAUGUAGUGCUCAUCUCCAAAGAAAUAAGGACUACUGAUUUGCCUUAAGGAUUCCUUUAUGUAAGUCAUAAGUCAUUGCUGCAAGAGCUGGGAAUUUGAAGGUGAUAAAACGAAAAGAAAAAGUAUGCCCUCCAGACAGAUUUUUUGACAAAUAUCUGUGGUGCACAGCUGUAGUCUUGUGCCAACGGUGAUCCUGGCUGUAGAGGAGUAAUUCCUGUUUGACCUGAUUGUUUCCUUUAUUCCCCACUUCCAUGCCUCUACCUUUUUUGUGAACUUUAGUCACUUCUAUGGAUGUUAUUCUUGACAGCAUUGUAAGCUGUUCACUUGUUAUCCUUUAUUGGCCAUAUUCACAUUUAUUACUCUAUUAACUGUAAACUAAAGUAUAUUUCUCAUUAUUUGCCUAGAAAAAAAUCACCAGCAGGUGCUCUUGUGGACAUAAGGUAAUCCCCCAAAUAUGUGUUUGUUUUGGGGAAGAGUAUGAUGAAAAUUAUAAUGUAUUUAAUCCCUUAAUUUUUUUUUAAAAAGG